CGGAUUUACAGCCAUGAAGUGCCCUCCUGCCCAAUAUGCUUGUACCCACCCACUGCUGCCAAGAUCACUCACUGCGGGCACAUCUUCUGCUGGGCCUGCAUCCUGCACUAUCUCUCCUUGAGUGAGAAGACCUGGAGCAAGUGCCCCAUCUGCUACGGCUCUAUUCACAAGAAGGACCUCAAAAGUGUUGUGGCUCUAGAAACCCGUCAGUAUGCAAUCGGUGAUACAAUUACAAUGCAGCUCAUGCAGCGGAAGAAAGGAGCCUUCAUAGCACUGCCAAAGUCAGCGCUCACCCCUGUGGAGCAGCCUAUUCACUUGGGGGAUAAGCCGCACAGCCAGUAUUCGAAGCUGCUUCUGGCCUCAGAGGCUCAGGUUCUCCAGCAAGUAAUCUUGGAGGAAAAGAUGGCCCUUCUGCAUCAGUACGAGGAGGAAAAACAUACGCCGGAAGCAUGUUUCAUUGAAGCAGCCCUGCAGGAAUUGAAGGAUCGCGAAGGCCACUUGAUGUCUGAUGGUGAUGUUCCUGGUGUCACUGCAGCUGUGGAAAAAUUAGUCAUGACAGAAGCUACUUCUGAGAAAGAAACUGUGGCAGAACCACAGGAGGAAAAGUGCAUUCUAGAAUAUCUUUCGGCUUUCAAUGAUGAAUUGCUGGGAUCUCCUCCUGUGGAUCCUGCAAAUGGAGAUCCCCCUGCUUUGGAAAGGGCAGAGGCGACAGCGGAUAACGGCACGGAGAGAAACGUAGAUCCGGCAAGUGAAGGAGGGGAAGCCAAUCUGAGUGCAUCUGCCUCAGGAAAGCCCAAGGCCGCUUUUGCCAGCAGGCACACACAGAGCUCUCCUUCCUAUUACUUCUACCAAGCUGAAGAUGGACAGUGUCUGUAUUUGCACCCGGUGAACGUCCGUUGCCUUGUGCAUGAAUACGGGAGCCUCGAGAAGAGUCCAGAGAGGAUCACGGCUACUGUGGUGGAGAUAUCCGGCCACUCCAUGACGGAGGACGUGCGUCAGCGUCAUCGUUACCUCUGCCAUUUGCCCCUCACCUGCGAAUUCAGUAUCUGUGAAUUAGCUUUGAAGCCUCCGGUCAUUUCGAAGGAAACACUGCUGAUGUUUUCAGAUGACAUUGAGAAACGAAAGCGGCUCAGACAGAAGAAAGCACGCGAUGAACGGCGUUGGGAACGCAGAAUUGAGAUGGAGGAAAACAAGAAGCAGGGCAAAUAUCCAGAGGUUCGGAUUGCGUUAGAGAACCUGCAGCAGUUUCCAGCCUUCAGCGCUUGCUCAGGAGAACCUGAUGGCCCUGAGAACCAAAGCCACCUGCUACCACCUGGUGUUGGAGGAAGUCCCACUUCUCAGUCAGAGUCCUUGUUGACUCCACUGUCAUCUUCCAGCCUUGGCAGCCCCCCAUUCCUGAUUGGAAGUCUGGAGGAGGACUCUGCUUUCCCCUCAUUUGCCCAGAUGCUGAGGGCUGGAAAAGCCAAACCAGACUUAUGGAAUAGUUCUCAGCCAAAGAAGAAAGACGAGACCCCCACUGUGGCACCUCCGGCUCCAGGAGACAGCGAUGCGGAGAGCGAUAACUCAGACCGUGUGCCUGUGCCUAGUUUCCAGAACUCAUUCAGCAAAGCUAUUGAGGCGGCUUUCCUCAAACUGGACAAACCGUCCACGUCUGACCACCUCCUAGAGGAGAAACGAGGCAAGAAAAAGAAGCAGAAGCAGAAGCUGCUCUUCAGCACUUCCGUGGUUCACACCAAGUGAUUUUAUCAAUAGGCUUCUCCUACUCCUUUCGAUUUAUUGGGUUUGCUUUUGUGUUUUUGCUGCUAUAGAUAAAUUAUUUUAGUUCGAACACAAUCUAUUUCGGGGAAGCAGGGAGGGAAGGGCUAGGGGUGAUUAAAAAUGGGCAUAUGUUGUUUGCUUGCUGAUACCAAACUGAAAUAUUGCAACACACACACAUCCAAAAGGAUGUGUGUUAGGCCAGGCUGACUCUUGUUGACCUGGCUUGCCAUUGGGCUGUAGAAGUACAACCUCAGAGUGGAGGGUGCACAGCUGCUUUUGCCAUUCGGAGAGAGGUUGAAUGCGAUCAGCCUGAGGCUGCAGUGAGUUAAGCACAACCAGGGGGCUGCUGCUCACCCUUUGGACAUAGGGAAGACACCAGCCGAUAGAGACCCUUACCAAUGGCUGUGCCCACUUAAUUAGCACUUGGAAGAGCAGUAGGUUGUGGUGCAUGUAGCUCAGUUCCUCCCUCCCGAUGCUCUCCUUUGUAAGACCAGGGUUUGCAGAGGUUCUGUUGGAAGAGAUCUACCAUGGUCAGACUGUGUGCAGUGGCUGCUUUUGGGGUGAAGGUGCUAAUUGCUGGGGAAGGGAGGAAUGGGGAGCAGCAUUUCCCUUUGCCCAGAAGGGGCAGCCCAGAGAGCCUGGCAUUUGCUGGGUGCCUAGAUUCCAGUUAUAUAGGAGGAUAUGUGUUCUUUUCCCACUUUCUUUUCUUCUGUUGGAGAAAAUCUCUCAUUCUGCACUGCUUUUUGGCUUGAUCUGAAAGUAAUUAGUACUAAAGUGUCAUUUCCAUUGACCACAAUGAAGUUUGAUGUAAUAUACCAGCAAAGGUAAAUAGUUGCAAUAAACCAUAUGCACAACAAUUGGUAUUUCUGCAGGGUGUUUUUUCCCCGCCAAUUAUAUUUUGAUUGAGUCACUCUCACUUGGAAUCAACUUGCUUCAUUAUGAACAGGCAUUACCCAGGUCAAAAACAUGCAGCAGAUCUUCCAGAACAGGAAGUUGUGGCUUUGCUAACCGUUGGAGACCAAACCAGUAAUACAUCAUGCAGGAACUUAAAAUUAAUAAACCAAUGAUCUCUGUAUGAUCACUUCAUUUUAGUAGAUGCGUGAAAUAGACUUUCUUAAGUCAUCCCUGAAAGACACUAGAAGUUCCUCAUGGAGGAGAAUAUUCCCUUGGUAUGCGCAGGGCUUGUAGAACUCCUUGACUUGACCACAAUUGGGACCAGAAUUUCAGUCACAAAGCAGUAGGGUUGUUAAGUGAGUCAUCAGGUGAUUGGAUCUAAUUUUAUAACCAGUUUUAUUCUGGUUAUUAAGCUAAAACCCCACCUACCCUCAAUGUGUAUCUUGCUCCUUUCCUAUCUUUGCAAUUUUAAAAUCAAUAUUAGUGUUAAUGUUGUUUUAAUGUUUUAUUUUGUUUUUAUUGAUUAAACUCUGUCUAGAGCCACCUCUGGACGAGAUGAACAACAUAGAAGUUUAAUAAAUAAUGACCACAAUU